AUCAUAUGUCUAUCCCGAUUCCUCGAGACAUGUUGAGCUGUUGAUGUCCUGCUAGCGCUGAGCAGCUGCGAUCUGCCCAGUUUACGCCGAUGCGUCCAGGAAACGCGUCAUGUCACCGAUCACCCCCGGUUCUAGUAAUGGGGGACCUCAGCCUGCGACUUCCCGGGAUAUUUACACCCCAAACGACUCCGAGGACGACGACAUAACUUCACAGCCCCAGCACGAUGAGGCUGUAUUUGCUGAGGAUCCGUUCGACCAGCGCAGUACAGAACCUAUAACGUUCAAACGCAAACAAAAGCAACCUGCUCGUUUCAGCUUAUCCAAUAUAUUCUCCGGGAGGAACAGCAGCACCCCGCAGAGAUCAACGAGUCAACAACCGAAUACAGCACAUUCUUUGAGAGAGUGGACGGAUACCGCAACCCAUCAGAGGUCCACGAGUACUCAUGCAGAUAUCAACGGCUUUAAGGAAGACGGUCCUCUCGACUGGUAUGUAGAGGGGCCCGGCCGGAGAGUAGCCUACGACGAUCUCACCGCGAUUGAUUGGGUUUUCGAGUAUAUGAAAGAACGGCAACGGAAGAGGCUAUUAUAUUCAACAGACCAAGGCCUGUUAGGGCACCUGCGACAAAUUUUGGACGGAAGUCAUGUUUGGGCUGUGCUGGUAAUAACAGGCGUCGCUGUCGGUCUUAUUGCAGCUUGUAUCGAUAUUGCAAGUGAUUGGCUCGGCGAUUUGAAGCUUGGAUACUGCAAGAGCGACCAGGGGGCUAAUCAAUUCUAUCUUAAUCGAAACUUUUGCUGUUGGGGCCAUGAAGAUUUUUCACAAUGUAUUGGCUGGGUGCCGUGGAGAACUGCCCUAGGUAUUUCCUCCAGGGGUGGAGGCUAUGUCAUGGAAUACUUUUUCUUUGUGAUGUUUUCUGUCUUGUUCGCAUCAUGCGCAUGCAUAUUAGUUCGGAGUUUUGCGCCGUACGCCAAACAUAGCGGAAUACCUGAAAUCAAAACAGUGCUUGGCGGCUUUGUCAUGAAACGGUUCAUGGGCGGCUGGACACUGGCCAUUAAGUCCAUAGGACUUUGUUUGGCUGUUUCAUCCGGCAUGUGGCUGGGUAAGGAAGGUCCUUUGGUGCACGUCGCAUGUUGUUGCGCCAACAUUAUCAUGAAGCCAUUUGACAGUCUGAAUCAAAAUGAAGCGAGAAAAAGAGAGGUUCUGUCGGCUGCCGCUGCGGCGGGUAUUUCCGUCGCCUUCGGUGCACCUAUUGGAGGUGUUUUGUUUUGCUUAGAGCAACUCUCGUAUUAUUUCCCAGAUAGAACGAUGUGGCAGAGUUUUGUAUGUGCCACUAUAGCAGCCGUAACGCUCCAGGCAUUAGAUCCUUUCCACACCGGAAAAAUCGUGCUAUACCAGGUGACAUACACCAGAGAGUGGCAUCGAUUUGAAAUCAUGUUCUUCAUGAUUUUGGGCAUAUUAGGUGGUGUCUACGGCGGUUUAUUCAUAAAACUAAAUAUGAGAAUAGCCAGGUGGCGCAAGUCCAGGGGGUGGAAUUUUCCAAUACUCGAGGUUGCCUUCAUUGCAAUUCUUACGGCUAUGAUAAACUUCCCCAACAAGUUCAUGAGAGCUCAGUCAUCUGAGCUUGUGUAUCAGCUAUUUGCUGAAUGCGCAACUACCACGGACGAUCAACUAGAUCUGUGUAAAACUGGGGCUGCAUCUUUUGGUGUCAUUGCUCUUCUUUUGAUGGCAGCCGUAAUGGGCUUCUUCUUGGCAUCUCUCAGUUUUGGCCUGGAGAUUCCUGCUGGAAUUAUCCUGCCAUCCCUCGCAAUUGGGGCUCUUUUUGGUCGUGCUCUUGGCAUUGGAGUUGAAAUGUGGCAGUCUGCUUACCCGGGUUUUUUUCUAUUCGAGAGCUGUGACCCUGAUAUUCCCUGCAUCACCCCGGCCACUUAUGCAAUCAUAGGCGCGGCAUCCGCCCUGGGGGGAGCGACGAGAAUGACCAUAUCGAUCGUGGUCAUUAUGUUUGAAUUGACUGGCGCACUGACAUAUGUGAUUCCAAUAAUGAUUGCCGUGAUGCUUUCCAAAUGGUGCGGUGAUAUUUUUGGAAAACGUGGUAUUUACGAAUCGUGGAUCCAUCUCAACGAGUAUCCUUUCCUAGACCAUAAAGACGACAAACCGCCGCCGGAUGUUCCAGCGUCCAAAAUCAUGACAAAUGUUGACGAUCUCACCGUUAUUCCUGCUGUCGGACACACCAUUGAAACGCUAAAAAGCCUUCUCAUUCAUACCAGAUACCGUGGAUUCCCGGUGGUUCUGGAUACCUCGAACCCAAUUCUACUGGGAUACAUUUCGCGAAACGAACUAUCUUAUGCAUUGGAAUCCUCUUCUGCAACCCGCAACCUCCCCCCCGAAACCCAAGCUUUCUUUGUACAUCAGCCUUUUGCCGAUCCACAUGAAACUUUUGACCUACGGCCCUGGAUGGACCAAACGCCGAUUACCCUCAACAGCCGUAUCAGCUUUUCUAUUGUAUUAGGCAUGUUCCAAAAGCUCGGUCUACGAUAUGUACUGUUUGUGCAUAAAGGAAAUCUCAAGGGCCUUCUCACCAAGAAGGAUGUCUGGUUUGUCUUGAAUGGCGUGGAGAGCCGCAGAGAAAAGGGCCUUGGAGACGGGCCUCUCAGAGAAGCUACCAACUCGGAUGAGAUAGGCUUGCUUAGUCCCAAUCCCAGUGAUGAAGACAUGGAUCUUGUAGAGGGCCGACAAUCUUUGGAGUCUCUUUAGUGUGUAUAUCGGAAGAAGGUGCUCUUAUCUUAAUGACUUUUUUUGGGUUUAGAGAAUAUAGACGGUAU